AUGAAUGAGAUGACGAGUAAUAAUAACAUGGAGAGUUUUAAGGAAGAGUCGGUCAAAGACAAACAAGAAGAAAAUGAUAUAAUAUUAGAGGAUAAUACUGCGGUCGAGGUAGGUAUAUAAUACUAGCCAUUUAAAUAAAGCGCGGUCUUGUUAAUUUCAUUUUGAUUUUUUUUUAAUUCGUACCAUAUUAUAAUAUACCUACUUACUCUUUAUUACAUUUUGUCUAUUAUUUAACAAGUGAACAAGUCGGUACUUUCGUAACUUUAAAUUAUUGUUUUUCAUAAUGUGAUUACAAAAUAAUUUUUAUUCGAGUAGUUGUAUUAUAGGUACUGGUAUAGCGAUUGAGAUUAAAGCGUAACACGUCAAAUAUUAUUUUUAAAAAAUAAUGAGCUAAGUAAUUGGUAUACCAAAAUAAUUGUUGUUUACAAUAUUUUUCUUACUCGUAUUAUAUUUCGAGUUUGACUUUAUGACGUAGUACACAUAGUUUCCUAAAUAACAUUUAAUCAAUUUUAUAGCUCUCAACAUAGUCUUCUAUAAUUAUGUUUAAAAAUUUAAUUUUAAAAGUAUACGUAACAAAAACUAAUACUGUUCAUAGGUGUACCACUACAGUAGGUAGGAAGUUAGGAAGAUAGGAUACAUACAAUUAAUUAUAAUUUAUACAAGUACAUAGAAAUGAAUUGUUUCUAACGAAAUACGAUUUUGAAUGAAGUUCUACAAAAAAAUUACUACAUUUCGCUUAAUUUUUUUUAUUAUUAUUGUUAUAAAAUACAACUUAUGAUGAACAUUGUAUUAAAUUUCAAACAUUUGGCUUUUCAAAAAAACUAUAUUCACAUAAUUAAAAAAUAAUAAUACAUGAGAUUUUUAAGAUAUUCGUCAAAAUUUGAACUUAAAACUUAAAAUUUGAACAUAAACUACUGUCUACUUCAUAACACUCAAUUUUUAUUAUUAUUCAUAAAGUAAAAUCGAGUAAAAUGUUUAACAAUUUUUACAAAAUUCACAUACGUCAUAGUAUAAUGUAUUUACAAUUUCUUUUUUUGCUCGGAAUCUAAAAUAAAAUUGUAAAUAAUUAUCGUUAUUGUCGUAAACUUUACCAUUUUUCUUAAAUUUUCCCUAAUUUUUAUCAAUUAUUAGGAAAACUGCUAAGAAAACCGAAAAAACCUCAAUGCUUAAUUUUGGUCAAUCAUAGUUAUGUAUGAUUUUGUUUACUAAAUGUAACUUUUUUUUUAUUAUGACUUCCUUAAAAAAAAAUAACAAAUCUAAAUAAAUUGUAGGUAUAAUAGUAUAAUAAAUCAUAUUGCAUAUUAUACGAAUAUAGGAAUAACUAAUAUAAUCAAAUAUUUUAUAAUACAUAAUCAUAAAUAUAGGGUAAAUUUACCUAAACGAAUUAUAAAGCUUUUUUAACCUGUCUCUCGAGACUUCUAAAAUCCCGACCCAAAAUGCGUAUUUUACUAUUUAUACACGUCUGUAUUAAAUUAUAAAGGAUCAAACAGGCGUUUAUAGCUCUAUUAUUAUACCACUUUAUAGGUACUAUUUGUCUUGGCCUUAACAUAUGCAAAAUGGGUCGACUAUCUGUACUCGAGUCCUUAUUUUUCCUGUUACUUUGUCACUACCAUCUCUAUUUUUACUAUAAACGCCAUUUUCUUUUAAUAACCUUCAUCAUGUACUCAUUUUCAUUGAUCAACAUGAAGGCCCAUCGGUUGUCACUAUUUCUAAAUUUUAUCCACAUAAACUCCCCUCACCGUCUAUAAUUUUAUAAUAGCGAUUUUGUUUAUUACCUUUUACUCUAAACGGCGUAUAAUUAUUUCACAGUACAUCAACUAUUCAUUGGGAAAUUUACACCAUGUUUAGUUUAAUAAUUUUAAAUAAUUAAAAUAUAAGUAUAGAUACUUUGCCUACCUUCCAACUAUAUUAAAUUAAUGAUAUCAAUUUGUUGGCAUUAGGCCUCGAGUACAUUGUGCACUUUAAUGGUCGAGGAACCUGCACAAUCUGACGACAGUUCAAGUUACAGUAUGACAUUGAGCGAGUUUGAAGAAGACAGAUGGUAUAAUCCGGCAUCGUUAUCUGAUGACGUGGCUGAAAUAGAAAGCAUCCAAAGAUUGAUUAAAUAUAUACGAGUAUAACAUAAUGCGUAUUUUAAAUUUUUAAAAUUUAUUACUAUUCUAUAUUAUAUAUCAUUCUAGAUUUUAAUUUUGGUACUCGUUUAUUUUUAGGUAGGCAAUCAAACAGCCACAACAAUUGCAUUGGCUGCAUUGGUAGAUCACAAUUUACGCGAUGAAUCCACACAAAGUAUCGUGAUUGCUACUGGUGGUACAGAAUUACUAAUCAAUUUAUUAGAAGCAGACCACUGUGAAUGCAGAGUAAUGUUUAAUAAAAAUAUUUUAUGUUUUAUAAUUUAUGGUUAGUUGAUUAAUAUUACACAUAUCAUAUAAAAAAACGUUACGUCCAUACGUUAUGAUUUUAAUGAUUUUAAUUUUUAAAUUAUUUUUAACUAUUGUACAAAUCUAUAUUAUUAAAUAUAAUAAAUGUCUAUUCAUCAAUUAUAUUAAAAAACCAAAUAUUUAUACAUAAAAUAUUUUUUCAAAAUAAGAAUUUUUUUUAAAAUUAAUUAAAUAUUUGUUUUUAUUUAGUUAAAAAGUGAAAUAUUAACAUUUUGUUAAAAAAAAAAUUGAGCGUCAUUUAGAAGUUUUUUUUUAUAAGCGUUUAAGUUCAAAUGUUGACAAAUAUAGUAAAAUCUUGAAAUUUUGAUAGAAAAUCUAUAUUUGCAUUUUCUAGUCGUAGUAAAAUUUCAAUAUUUGAACUAUUUUUGAUUUAUUCAUAGACAUUUUAAUUUUGUGAAUGUUUUUAUGUAACUUGGUAAGUACUCUGUGAAUAAAACUGUAGACUAAACGGAAAUGCUUUAAAAUUUGACAGGAGGUUCAUUAUAUGUCGUAUUUAAUAACAAAAUUUAAAAAAUAUAGAGAGUAAUGUAUUAUUGUUUUUUUUUUAUAUACAAUAGUUUUAAAAUCAAAUUUUGACAAAAAUCGUAAAUAUUUCAAAACAUGUACAACCGAACUUCGCUCCGAAUAGUUUUUAUUAACAAUGGAUUAUCAUUGGUUACAUGUAUUAAUUAAAUUAUUUGAUGUAGUCCACCUUCACAACUAACCACCUAUAAUAAUGGCCACACCCAACUUCAAUAUAUGCUUUCGUUUUAUUAUUUUUUUUUAAACAUCCUAUUCAACUAUAUUAAAUAAACGGUACGCUAACGAAAUAUUAUUUUUAUCACCAUAAGGUAUUUGCCAUUAUAAUACCUAUACGUAUUAUUCGGUAUAUUUUGUUAGCAUCUUCGAUUAUUGAACACUAUUUAAGCUGUAAUACUGUCUGAGACUAGUAAAUACCUAAUUAUUUCUUAAUAAAUACAGAAGGAAAAACUAAAAUUUUUUUGUGCGACUUUUGUAUUUUUACCUAGAUCUAGGUAAUACUACAAAACCUGGAUAAUAAUAUUGUUUUUAGUCAACCAUACUAGUAACGCAAUUAUAUAAACAUAUAUAUUAUAACUGAGUGUACCUGCCAAUUUAAUAUUCAUGUAUAUAUAAUUUAUGUACAUAAAAAAAAGUUUUCUUAGAAUGACUAAUUUAUCGUUUAAACAUAAAUAAUAAUAAUAGAACUGAUACUGCUGAUGGGUGUGCCACAGUUGUAGAUAGGAAUCUCGGAAGAUAGGAAGUGAUGUAAUAUAUACAUAUGAUACAUAAUAUAUUUUUACGAAACGAUAAACUAUUGCUAAUGGAAAUUAAUUUGAAGCAAAAGUUCGGUAAAUGUUUUGAAAUGCCGAAAUUUAUACAAUUUCGACAAAAUUUGAUCUUAAAAUGCUUUUAUUAAAAAAUUACUACAUUAUGUUCAACUUUUUUUUUACCACUAAAGUUAAACUUGUAAGUGCAUUACGUCUAGAAAAGACUAAUAUAAUUAUUCUGCCAAAAUGUUAGCUCUCUGUGAUUAUACUUAAAUGGUACAACAAAAAAAAAAAAAAAACCAAAAAUGUAUAUUUUGAAAUAUUAGAAGUUUAAAUUUAAAAAAGAAAAUGGUCAUACUUCGCACGAUUGGAGGGUCACUGUUGUAAGUGAGAAUUUUAAAAGGUAUUAUAUAAAGGGUAAUUUAAUGUAUAUCUGUAAGCAAUAGUUUAUCGUUGGUUGAAUAGGAUAUUUAAAAAAAAAAAAAAAACAUGAACUUAUAUUAAGGAUGGGUGUAGUCACUAUUGUAGGUAGGUAGUUGGGGAGGUGGGACAUAUCAAAUUUUUUAUUAAUACCUGUAACCAAUAAUAAUCUAUUGCUAACUAUAAACGAUUCAGAGUAAAGUUUGGUUAUAUAUGUUUUGAUAGGACGUAUAUUUACGAUUUUCGUCACAAUUUGAUUUUAAAACUAUUAUACAUAAAAAAAAAAUACUACAUUUAAGUCAACUUUUUUUGCUAACCACUAAGUAAAACUUAUAAUGAAUUUCCUAUCAAACUUUCAAGCAUUUCCAUUAGCUUAAGUCAACAAUUUUAUUCACAAAAUACUUACUAAAUAGAAGUUAUGUAAAAAACAUUUAAAAUUAAAAUGUCUAUAAAUAAAUCAAAAACGACUCAAAUAUUUUGAAACGUUUAUUACGACUAGAAAAGGGAAAUAUAGAUUUUCUGUCAAAGAGUCUCUACAAAUAUUUUGAAUUGAAUUAUAGCAAAAAAAAAAAUUUUAAAUUAUAAAAGUAUAAUUUUCGUAAAUUUUCCCGAUAAUUUUUAAAUACCUAUUAUAAGAGAUCUACGUAAUACAGGAAUAUCAAUACAUAACACUCAUAUUUUAAAUAUUGAGUGUUGUACGUUAAAUAUUGCUCCUUUAACGUUAACUAUUUAAGUAUUUCAUAUUAAUUAUAAGUAAUUCAUAAUAAAAUGUUUAGAUUGUAAAGAAAAUUGUACGUUUAAUGUUUAGCACGGUGCUCUCGCUGUGUUACGUGAUAUGUCAUUUAUGCUGGGUACAAGAAGAAAUUUAACAAAUUUAGGCGCUAUUCCAAUUUUAGUAAAACUAUUGUUUGACAGGUCGUCUGAUUUACAAAUUCUUUCAGCCGAGAUUUUGGCUAAUGUAGCAAAGAUUAGAAAAGGAAGAAAGUUCAUACGAAAAGCUGGUGGUAUUAAAUUAAUGGUAAAUAAAAAUCAAUACAUUUAUUCAUGCUUAAUAACUAUUUACAUCGUAAUAGGUGAAUUAUAUGGACGUACCCUAUCAAAUACUGAAAGCUGAAAGUGAAACGUUACCAGUAUUUCAACAAAAAUCAUUCAAUUUAAUGCGUAACUGUGCAAAAGCGUUAUGGGCUAUGUCUAAAUCAAAUAAAAACAAAGAUGUAAUGCGCCGAUCUGGAAUUAUACCAGUAAUGGCAAAACUAUUGACCUCAGUUCACGAGGAUGUUGUCCGUUCGAUUUUGGGGAUUAUCGUUAAUUGUGCAACACAGGUAGGUACACAAAAUAAUUUGACUGCUAAUCAAUCGGUACCUAACGAACAAAUUAUCCUAAAUAAGUUUAAAAAAAAAAAAAAAAAUUCUGAAUAAUUUUAGCCAGUUUUUCGAACAGCUAUUAAAGAACAAGGCAUGUUAGUAGAUAUAUUAAAGUUACUAAAGAGUUCAGAAAUCGAAAUGAUGAAGAACGCUGCUACAAUAACAUUCAAUGUGAGUAUUACACUAAUAAAUUAUAAUAUAUUAAACAACUUUUCAUGAUAUCGAUACAGUGUGCCGAGGAUCCUGAAAGCCGAAGAUUGAUCAAAGAACAAGGGGGACUUAACUCAUUGGUUAAUAUUGUAAAAGUCGAAUCACACAAGUCUGAAACGAAAUUAAUGGAAGCUGCUACAGGAGCAAUAUGGAAAUGCCUGAUAAAUCCAGACAAUGUAAAACGUUUGGAAGACAUAAAUGGUAUACAUAUACUGGUGAAACUUUUAGACUGUGAUUGUGAAGAAGUACGGACAUUUUUAUUUUCAUUUUAAAUUAUAAAUAGUUCUAUUUUUACAUAUUUUAGAUUCUGAAGUCAUCGAGAAUUGUAUUGGUUUUACUAGAAUGUGGUUUUUUUUUCCUUAACAAAUUUUCUUCGUAUUUUUCUUAAUAAUUGAUAAAAAAAAAAAACAAAAUGCUAGAAAACUAGAACAUUUACGUAAUAACGAUUUCUAUUCAUUUUGUUUUUGUUUUUUAGUUGUAAUUCGGUUUAAAAUAAUUGUAAAAACAUGAAACCGAAUACUCAUUACUAACAAUUAGUAAUUUAUUAGUUAUUAUUUAUCUCUUCUAGAUGACGUGGCAAAAAUUUCAAAACAUUCUGGUGAUUUUUGAGCUAUUUAUAGCCAUUUUAAAUUUUCGAGUUUUUGUUUUAUUUGGUAUUUUAUGUAGAAAAAAUAAUAUUAAAAAUGAUGAAAUAUUUGAGGUAACAAAACAACGUCCAUUUCCCUGGCACCUCCACCAAUUAAUUUUGAAACGAUACCAAGGGCUUUUUUUUGUGCUACAUUUGUGAUGAUUUGUGCCGUUAAUCCCGACAUUUGUGCUAAUUUCAGUAAAAAAUAAAUUGAAAUUAGCAGAUGGAAUUUGUGAAUUUAUUAACAAAUGUUUAUCGUUUACACUGUAGAUAUUUGGAUAGUAGAUGUUGAGAAAUAGUGGAAUUUUAUUUUCCUACAAGUUUUUUACUAAAAAAAUUAUCUCAAAUUAAAACUAAAAAGAAAACGUAAAAAUUUCAAAUGGCUGUAAAAUAUUUUUUUUCAUUUGUUUAAUUUAUUUUUUAGUUACGAAUUAAUACACUUUUAAAUUUAAGUUUAUCAAAACAUAUUUAAUCGUACCGGCAGUUAAUCGAGUUUCUACUAUACUUCGUUCAGAAUCUUUUUUUCAUUAUCAAUAAUGAUCAUGACGUACAGAUAUAAAUUAAAGUAUAUUAUAUCCGACCUUCCUGAUUCCCUUCCUACAUAACAGUAGCACACAGAUGGUGCAUAGAAUGUCCGUCUUUUUUAAAUAUGCACAACAUAUUUUAGUUAGCUAGCUUUCCUCACUUGUUUUAAUUUUUUUUUUUUAGGUAAUUGCUAAUACAGUAGCAUCAUUGGCAGAAUGUACGAAAAUAGGACGUAACAAAAUUGCUCUAAGGGCUGCUGAUGGUUUAAUACCCAUUAUAAAAUUAUUGCAAGACACCAGUCAUGAAAGAAUACUCGUAAAUGUGUGUCGAGUAAUAGAUAAUUGUGCAUCUGACUCACAGUGCAUGGAACAAGUCGUUAUCAACGAUGGCAUACGGUUAGUAUGGUCAAUGAUGAAAUUUGAUUCAACUAUCGUUCAAUCCACUGCGGGACAUACAUUGGUUACGUUACUUAAAAAUACAAAAGUGAGUAAACUUAUCAAUAAACAUUAAUGUUCUAUAACACUUGUAUCAUAAAGAUUUAAUUUUUGAUCGUUUAAAUUUUAUAUGCCAACCACUUUUAUAUUCAAGUUUAAUAAUGAAAAAUUGUAUUUUCAUUUUUAAUUAUUGCUCAAUUAUUGUUAUUAUUAUACGCAUACAGUUACUCGAAUAUAUGUAAACAUAUUAUUUUGACUCAAAAAAUAUUUGCACUAUAAGUAAAUUAUAUUCUUAAAUUAUUUGGUUAAUCCAGUUGAGAUGAGAUUGUAGUAUUGUAUUAGUAUAAUUGUAACUUAAUUACAUAAUAUGAUUCAAAUUUUAAUUUGUGUGUUGAUUAAUAAAUAAAAAAUAAUAAAUAUUGUUAUUUUAAAAUGUUAGCUUUAUGGCUUAGUAAUAUUUUCUAACGAAUUUAAAUAUUAUUUAUAUUUAAAUUCAAAUUGAACUAUUAAAUUGAUACAUUAAUCUCUAUAGAAGGACUUUUACCAGACAGUGCAUAAGUUUUCUCAACAAAGAAAAUAUUUCGUUUAUUAAUUAUUUUUAUACUUUAUAUUAAUACCACUUCCACCUUUCAGUCAUAUUUUAUGGUAAUUAUUAUGAAAUAUUAUGUUAAUCACUGGUAUUACCAACGUAUAAGUACGACGUACUAAUAUGACAUAUGCAAAGUAAUGUUUUACGAUUAUAAUAACAAAUAUGAAAGAUCACGCUCUUUGAAUAUAUUAACUUAAGCUAUAUUACUAUAGAAUAACAAUAUGCAAUAUUAUUAAUAUUAUCAAUAUUUAAUUGAUUAAUCGAAUUAGAUUUAUUAAAAUUGGUAUCGGCGUAUAUUUAAACAAUACGAUGAUGCAUAUCAUAUACACAUUACACACUUUAACAUAAAAUACAAUUUUAUAAUUAUUCCAAUAGGAUUCAAGUGAUAUUAUGCGUUCACUGGUUACCGGAUUGGUUAUGUUAGUUGAUUUAUUAAAAUCACAUGAUACGAGGGUCUUGGCUGCUGCAUGUGCCGUCAUUGGAAUUUUAGCGAAAGAACCAGAAAAUUUGGCAAUUCUCACCGAUUAUGAUAUCGUACAAAGGUUGUCCAGCUUGGUGCAUACAGUAGGUUUAACAUAUUCAUUUAGAAAUUAAAAUUUACAAUAUAUUAACUGUUUGGUAACAUUUUCAUUUGCAGAGUAAUUCCGACCUCCAGGCCCAUUUGUCUCGAGCCAUUGGCUCUUGCUGUUUAUUAGACCGCAACUGUCACACGUUUGGCAGGCUUGAUGUAGUACUACCUAUUUCAAAAUAUAUAUAUUCAAAUUCUGAGCUUGUCAAAGAAAAUGUUACAUUCGCUCUAAACGGCCUAUCUGGUGAUGCGACAAAUUGUGUGACUAUGGAAUCUUGUGGUGUCGUUCCUGUACGAUGACAAUGAAUAAUAAUCAAGUUUGACAUGUUUAACGCUCAACUGCAUGAAGCUAAUAUCACUUCUCCCUGGGUAAUAAAUAAUCACAAAAAAAUGUACUAUCUAUUAAAAUUUUAAUUUAGUAUUGGUAGGAAUUUAAUAACAACGAAUUGACGACUCCGGACUAGGAUAGGCAAAAUUAUCGAAUUUUCUACUUUAAAAUGUAGCCUAUCCGACAUUGUUUUUAUCUUUUACUUCUAUCUUUAUUUAUACCUAUAGUAGUUUUUUAACUAGUAAAGGUUUUAAGCUUUAUGUUUAUACUUAGCAUAACUAACAACUUCCUUGGAGCAGAUUCAGGUUUGAAGUUCGAACAAGAUUUUAAUAUUUUGAAGUUGAUAUACCUGGAUCUCAGGUUUUUGGCCGUUUUUUUUAUUACCCAGAGAAAAGUGAAUAUAUUCCUACUGCAUGCAAAGCUGGAUUAAGAUAUUUUGUGCUUGUAGACAAACAAUUUGUUUGGCACCUCUCUCUCUCCUCCCCAAUACUGGAUAUUGGUUUUAAAAAUAUACAUUAGAGGCAUUGUACAGUUAUUUUUUUCGAAAUCCAUGCUUUUAAUAAAAAAAAAAUAUGUACACGGAAGUUAAUAAUAAUUUGUUUUAAUUACAGUUUCUUAUGGAAACUAUUGCUUCUCGAGACCCUGACGUACAAGAGGCUUCAGCUGGGUGUUUGGCCAAUAUUCGAAAAAUCGCUCUAAAUGCUCGGCGAUUAAAAUGA